AUGACUGAAGCAGCGGAGCCGCCCACUGAGCCACCGGAGAAACAAGCCGCAACAGUUGACAUAGUAAAUAUUGCUGAUCAUCAGAUGUACAUGCUUUCAACAAAACCGAUCCCUGAAGAUAUAUGGUGA